GAAGGUCCAAAGAUCUAUCGGGCUUUUGUCUCUGGGAGGAUUCCCAACAUCCUGGUAGUGGUCCUGGAAAGGCCAACAGAAAACAGCUCUCAGAUAGCGAAAUUUGCGCAGCAUGUGCUGAAACUUCCAACCUGCCAGAACUUGUGGGAAGAAUGGCCAUUUGGGGACAUGCCUCUCCAGCAGUUUUUGGAAGAUUUGCAUCCGUCCUUGGUGAGUUGGUCUCAGUACGCAAUGUACAUGCAACAUCAGCCAGGCCAUGAGACAGUGCAUGCGUUAGGCUUGGGGCCGAAAAGAGUUCUGCAGGAGAAAGCGGCACUCCUUGGCCUCACCUUAUGUGCACUGCUUUCCUGCGACGAUGCACCACGGGCGUAUCCUAUGUUCGCAGGCCAUGGGGGAAGCUUUGCCCACGAAGUGGCCAUGUCUAGAAGGCUCCCGGUGAAGAAUUUCUGGCCCCCUGUUCCAACAUGUGUGUUGCCUGUCAAGCGGCCUGGCACCACCAACAACAUCAAGGUCGAGCAGUCAACCGUGCCAGAGGGCGUCAACCUGCCGGAAGCUUCACUAUUGCAGCGGUGGCAAGGCAUCAGAGUGCCAUGGAUGCCUGACCGGCCUGAUGAACUGCUUCAGAUGAAAGACGUCAAACACCUUGAGCCUGUGCCCGAGGCAACUUUCAUGGAAAUUCUGUCGCGGGCGCGGGCUUCAUUUGAAGAGGAGAUUCGAAGGAAGUCAGGGAGGGAUCGCAGACCUGACAAGGGACGUUUCUUCUUUGACCUCACCAAGUCUUUUCGACCCUGGCCCUGCAUCAUCGCAGCGCAUUCAGAGCGCGCAAGAAUUGUUGGAAAUGGUAUCAAAAGCUUCAGGCUGGUGAUGGAUGAGAAGAUGUCGCACCUUUCCACAGGAGGAGCUCUACUUUUUUUCGAGGUUGUGCAGCAAGGGGGCCAAGUCUAUACAUUCCAUUCACUGACCCAAACCCACCAGUCCAUGCGACCAUUGCGAAGUGAAGAAGAUGUGAGUUUGGCCUUCCAAAUGGCCUUGGGCCAAGGAGCCGUUUCUGAUGCAUUGGGAGUGGACCUUGCGCGUCAGUUCCAAAUUGAGCUAAGACCCACAGGCUGGCAGCCGGAUGACUUCAACCCACCUGACCCACCUGGAAAAGUUCAUCACUGGACCAUUUCUGAAGGCCUACAACAAAGUUUCACACGUUGGCUCGCCCAGCGACAGAGGGCGACUUCGACUGCAGAGAUGCGACCGGGCACAUUGAGGGAUGGCAUGCUACUGGAGUGGGAGAAGUCACAAGCCCACAGGUUUGGAAAAUUGGACCCUGCAGUGAACGCCAGGGCACUUGAUAGAUUCAAGAAUCUGGUGGAAACCUUCUCUUCGGACGAUGAUGACGUCCGGCACUCACACCAAACCAUCAGUGAGAGAUUUCUCCAUGGACAUCCCAGCAAGACCAUCGAUGACUUGAUGUCCGAACUGAGGCUGGGAGUAUUAGACGCAAUGGACAUACCUCCAUUGGUUGCCGUCGUGCAUCAAGGAGUUUUCUACGUCAUCAUGGGGAAUCGACGACUGUACGCAUACCAGCAUUGUGGGAGAAUAGUUGUCUUCAGGAUGAUUGUCCACAAGUUUCCAGAAUUUCCUGGCACAGACCGAGCUGAACGCGAAGCCUUGACUGUCAAAACACUGCAGGCAGCCAGCACCACCACAGCUGGCCAGCAGGUGGAAGUGCGAAGGUGCCCAACUGCACGGAAGACAGCAGUGAAAGCCAUGCCAAAGCGACCAAAGCGGCCAGCACCAGAACCUGAAGAACCUGAAGAGCUUUGUUUGCAGCCAUGUCCCAAGCCGAAGCCUCAGAAGAAAGCGAUGCCCAGACCGGCCAGACCAGCCAAGAAGGCAAGACCACAGCCUGCACAAAACACGGUGCAACUACUGUCAGGGCCAAGGCCACCGUCGAAUACCAUUCGAGCCCACCAGUGCAAACCCGAUUUAGUGCGCUGAAGGGUGUGUCCCGCUAGCGCUCGAGCGCCUGCCAUUGCUUGAUUGAUAGUAUUUAAUUAUUUUGAAGAUUUCAACUUCAGAGCGACGCAAAGAUGGACAAAAAAAA